AUGACCACACCCACCACCGCCGCCGCACCCAGCACCCCACGCAAGUUCACGCUCGCCUCGCGGGCCUCCGAGCUCGCCAAGGCCCAGACGAACCUCGCGCGCGACGCCCUCAGCGCCGCGCACUCCUCGUUGGCGGUCGAGACGGCGUUCAUGGCGACAGGCGGGGACAAGAACCAGUCGCAGGCGCUGUACCUGCUCGGCGGGAAGGCGCUGUGGACGAAGGAGCUCGAGGUCGCGCUGCUCGCAGGCGAGGUGGACAUGCUCGUGCACAGCUUCAAGGACGUGCCCACGGAGCUCCCGCCGGGCUGCGAGAUCGCGGGCGUGAUGCGGAGGGAGGACCCCGUGGAUAGCUUGGUCGUGCAAAGGGGCAAGCCGUGGACGAGGCUGGAGGACUUGCCUGACGGGAGCGUCGUGGGCACGAGUAGCGUGCGGAGGGUCGCACAGCUCAAGCGGAAGUUCCCAAAACUCGUGUUCAAGGAUGUCCGCGGUAACCUGAACACCCGCAUGGCCAAGCUCGACGCGCCCGACAGUCCCUUCGACGCCAUCAUCCUCGCACGCGCGGGCAUGGUGCGAAUCGGCUUAGGCCCGCGCAUCACCGCCAACCUCGGGCCGCCGACGCUCUUCCACGCCGUCUCCCAGGGCGCACUCGCGAUCGAGAUCCGCGCGGACGACGACGCUGCGCGUGCACUCUGCGCGUCGAUCACGCACUGGCCGACGGAGUGGUCGUGUCGCGCGGAGCGCGCGUGCCUGCGGGUGCUCGAGGGUGGGUGCAGCGUCCCGGUUGGAGUCCAUACGGAGUUGAGGGAGAAGGAGGGGCAGAAGGAGGGUGUGCUUGUGCUCACGGGGUGUGUCACUUCGCUGGACGGCGCGAAGCACGUCGAACACACUAUCGAGCGGGAGGUGAAGUCGGUAGAAGAGGCAGAAGAGGUUGGAAAGAAUUUGGCGAAGGUGCUUAUUGAGACUGGGGCGCGGGAGAUCCUCGACGACAUCAAGGAAGACCGGGAGAACAAGAUCAAACUGAGCGAGGCCGCAGAACGUGCUGGUGCUCCCGCCGCUGCGUAA